UACGGGAAAAAAGCGUGAUACAUGUAUACAAUAAUAAUUGUUUGAACGACACAAUACUGAAUAAAUCUUUUAAUAAAGUAAAUAUCUAAAAUCUGUUUGGUUAACAGUGAAAUACUAUGCGUCUACAAGUUCCAUUAAAGCGGUCAUAAACAUAGAUACUGUUAUAUCGUAUUAAAACGCAACGAAAAUGGUAUUUUUAAAUAUUGUGCAUACCACGUUUCGGCCACUUCGACAGUUAACGAAACUUCCAACGAUUAAUGCAAAAUUAGAUGCAACACGAACGUACGUAAGAUGGGCGAGUCGCCGACCGGUUGCAAUUGUUAAUGAAGAUGAACUUUACGAAGCAAGCGACACUACGCGAGAAACAUUUGCCGAAAGUAAAAAGUUUUCGUCAAGGAAAUCGAGAGGAAGGAAUUCCACUGAAAAAACCGCAAAAACCGCAAAAACCGCAAAGACUACAAAAGCUACCAACGAUGUGGAAUCGUUGGCGACUGAGAAGAAAAAGGCAUUCACUGUUCUUCAAGAUAAUGAUAAAAUUAUAAGGUCAUUAAUGAUUAAAGUUAAGUCACGAAAGAAAAGAGAAAAAAAUGAUAACAUUGCCCUGGAAGGACAGAGAUUAAUUCAAGACGCGCUUCGAGCUGGUGUACAGCCUAAAGUUGUACUUUUCAGUAACUCAGCAGAUAUAGACAAGUUAAAUCUUCCACCAAAAACACAAUUGUAUAAAGUCCCAUAUAAAACUAUUCAGUUGUGGUCCACUGUAUCCUCAUCCCCUGGGUUAAUUGGAAUUUUUGAAACUCCUAAUAUAGAGAAUACAGCUCCCGCUGACGACGCGUUGCCGCUUACUAUUAUUUGUGACAAUGUAAGAGAACCAGGAAAUUUAGGGUCUAUUAUGAGAGCUGCAGCAGGUGUAGGCUGUGAAAAAUUAAUAUUGAUAAAAGGUUGCGUGGAUUUGUGGGACCCGAAAGUUCUUAGAAGCGCGUGCGGAGCUCACUUUCGAUUGCCUAUUCAUGCAUUUCCGGUGUGGGACGAUGUUCCAGCGUUAAUCAGCGAAGACUCCAAUAUUAUUGUAACUGAUAGUAACUUUAAGGAUGAAUUCGUAUCAAAAUACGACACAGAUAUGCUUCAACCUAGCUUAGGAGUAUUCGAUGCAGAUCCAGAAAGUCUUAAAUCAUACUGUAUUAACGAAGAUAGCGGAACGGAAACUAUAGAAUCAGAGCCUACAUCGUCAUUUAAAAAGAAGAUGGCAGACCUUCUGUUGCAGCUACCUAUUGUACCGUACUAUACUUUGGAUUAUACGAAAAAAGAAACUGUGCUCGUUCUAAGUGGAGAAACCGAAGGUUUAACUUUCGAUUCAUUAAAUUUACUAAAGGAACGAAAAGGUAUUCGUAUAAAUAUACCUUUAGUUAACGGAGUCGACAGUUUAAAUGCAGGAGUAGCUUUUGGCAUUGUUACGUUUGAAAUCAAGAGACAAUUUAUAAAAAAACAAAGCACACUUUAAUAAAGUUAUUUUC